AUGGAGAAAAUCCCGCUUGAACCACCCAUCCAACGACCCGAAAGUCGACAUCAUCUCCCCAAUAUUCCCGAUUUCCGCGACGUUGGCGUAACUGUCAACGCCUGGGCCAACCGCAAAAAGUUCCUCAAGGAUGAGUUAGGAAUCCGAACCAUUCUGGAUUUGAGACGUGGCUCGGAGCGAUCCAAGGCCGAGGCGGAGGCGCAGGCGUUGGCCCAGUCGCAAUCAUCUCGGGAGACGUUCGAUAUUUCUUCCAAAAUUACGGGGAUCCAUUACAAAAAGGUGAACCUGAUCGGAAGGCAAACCAAGAAGUAUUUACUUCAGCAUAUCAGCUGGACGAACUGGCUGCGCUUUUCCAUUCUCUACUACAUUUUGCAAGACCACAUGGCAACUAAACGCAUCAUAACCCGAAAACUGUGGGAGAAUAACGGGCUAAACGGUUUUUUGAUCAACAUUUUAGACCACGGUAAACCUCAAGUGAUAAAAGCUUUGCGGGCCCUUACUGAGCCAGCAAAGGGAACGCCCAUAUUAAUACAUUGCGCGCACGGCAAAGACAGGACGGGCCUGUUGAUAACAAUCAUUCUCCUGGUUAUGAACAUUCCACUAGACGCCAUCUCCCACGACUAUUGUUAUUCGGAACAACGUCUAUAUGAGCAGCACGAGAUUAACGAUAAAUAUACGGAGGACUCUGGGCUUAAACAAGGCUUCGUUGAGGAGCUGGACACGUAUAUCCGCCGAGUAUACGGCGGGAUUGAUGGAUAUCUCAGCUCUGGCGGCUUUACUGCCGCCGAGAUUCGUCACCUACGAAAUUGCCUUGCCGCUUGA